AUGGCAGUAACCGAGUCACCGGUGGAUUUUGGGUUGCCGGGUGAUACCAUCCCCGAACGAUGCGGUGUGAGGGAGAUUAGGGACGUUACUCGCAUUCUCGAAGAUGCAGGCAUCCCCUGCUGUAUGGCAGGGGCUUCAGCGUUGGUCUGGUUUGGGGCCUGGCGCGUGCGAUGUGACUUUGAGAUAUGUGUUCCUACGGAGAAAGUCAGCCAAGCUGUGGAGCUGCUGAAAUCAGACCCCCAUGACAAGGUCUAUCAGCCCUGGAAGCCGGAGAAUUUCCAACCCGGUGCUCUAACACAUACCUUUCCGCGGUUUAAACUCCGAGGUGUUUCUCUGCGUUUUCAAAUCCUCCCCUCGGAUGAUUGUGCCUUCAAUAUCUAUGAUGUGGACCGCAGUCCGUCUGGUCUUCCGUAUCCUAAACUGGAAUCAUAUGCCCAGAGUCUCCUAGACACUCAGAGGAGAGUGGAUCUUACUGAUCUGAUUGACGGGAUGAAUCUCACUGAAGAAUGGGGGGAAGAGCAUCUAAACCUGGAUAAAAUGACCGACGUGGCCUAUGCGAAGCAAAAGAAUGCGAAGAUCCUAGCAUCGAUGUUGCCUGGUGAAGACCCGUUUGAUUAUCCAGGAGUCCCGGCUCACGCAAGACCGCUGCGAGAAAUAUGGCAAGAGAUUGACAGGGGGAAGCAAAAGCGGAUUUCGCUGGAACUUCCGGUUGAGUAUUUUGCAACGAGAUUCUUUGCCUACGGUCAAGGGGAUCCUCGGUUAGAUACGACUAGGCCACACGUCUAGUGGCCAAUACGUGCUCAAGCCCUGCUUUCGUUGAAACAGGUCUAUAUGCCUAAUGCGACCUCCGCAAGUUUAAUAGGCUUGUACAUUGACCUUCGUGGGGGCUUUCACGCAACUCCGAAGGCAUGCUUCAUGCGCCGAACACGAUUUGCAUCCGACUGGUUACGCCGACUAUAUGCGUUGAUAAACGCCUGCCGGUGCUCCGCGUUCAACUGUUGCCUGACAGCAUGAACCUGAGUGGCCAUGUUUCUACCAAGGAACUCUAGAUCCACGAAGUCACUGUCGGCGGUCCGGGCAAAGAAUGCACCCAGCUUGGCUAUCAGGAUGCCCUUAAUAUUCAGGACCAUAAAUUCUCGCUGGCCAGACGAGGAUCUGGCAGUGAUAGGCUCUGAUGCAGUUGAAAUAUCCUCAGGCGCUCCAAGAGAACCUUUCGACUUGUCAGCGAGAUAAUUGAGAGAUUUGAACCCUU